CACAGACCAUUAUCGGCUGUGUAUGCCAAGAACGCCUUGAAAGUGACGUUUGAGCACUGAGAUAACCCCUGACGGCAGCCCGCAUUUUUUGUUCAGCCGUUUUCAGUUCGCACUCUUCAGGCAAGGACGAUUGUGAACGACGCAACAACCGCCUCCCGACAGCAUCCCAGAUUCAGAUGGCGUCAACAGCGGGCACUGAUGAGCCCAGCACCGUGAACGGCGGCGUCCCGCGCACAUCAGCAGCUGCUGCAGCCAGUUCCAAUCCCGAAUUCGAUGUCUCUAAGCUGCAGGGACUGCCGCCAGAGCAGCAAGAACUGCUCCUCUUAAGCUUUGUAUCGACCCUCAGCAAACAUGUCCUCAACCUGCCGCCCGAUGACUGCACGGCUCAGCAGUUCUACCUCAAGAAGGAGGUCUUCAAGAUCCUCAAUCUCGCAGCCCCGCCUCCGACGAGGGUCAUACGCAACACACUGGGCAAAUGUCUGGGACACAUCUUUGGGAAAGGGGACCGGAAAUUGCUUUUUGAGACGGUCAAUGAGCUGGCGGGUAUCAUCUCUAGCGGGAAGUCGAAAAAUGACGCCGAGAACCGGACAAAGCAUGCCGCGGUUACCUGCCUGGGCGAUGUUUACGCUGCCGCCGGCGACAGCGCCAUCAACCUCCACCAACUGGCCUGCUCGGCCCUCUUGAAGUUGUUGAAAUCGUCUUCGAACAAUGCUGGGCUCCGCGCCGCAGUGUUUACUGCUCUGGGAAAGAUUGCAACGAUGCUGAGUGGAAGUUUGGACGAGAGCAUUGCUAGGGACGUCUGGAAGCAGGGCCGGAGCUAUGCUUCGAGCGACAAGGGAUCGCUCGUCGUGAUUACCGCGUGCCGUUGCUUGCGAUCGCUCCUACGGUUCACCCCUUAUUUUCAGACCUCAAGCGACUUUGACAGUCUCCGGUCCUCCAUGUUCAAGGCCUUCGACUCUCCGUCCUCUAACGUCCGUGCCGCGGCCGCCGACUGCUUUGCCGAGGCCCUUGUCCAAGGUUAUUCCGAGUCAGCGGUUGGCGAAGCUCCCUUGGUACUGCUCAAGAGAUCCAAAUCCAAGGCUGUGAAACGGCAGUCCAUGCAAGCUGGCGCGUUGCAGGACGACGACGAUAUCCAUUCACGACCGGAAAGCCCUGCUCCAGGCAAGAAGUCCCAGAUCUUGGCUCUCUCGCUGGCAGACAUGCUCAAGACCUUGUCGACACAGUAUGUGCGCAUGUCAACGUCCAACAAAUCGAGAGCUGCAAUCGCUAUCUGUUACGGCAACAUGCUCCGCAAGCUGGGAGAAAGGACGGUGGAGAUUAACUACACGCGGAUUGUUGAACACUUGACCGUUGAGCUCCUGGGGAAUAGCAAUGUCGCCAACAAUCGAUACCGGCUGCUCAUUACACGGCGAAUGGUGGAAAUCAUUGUACAAGACGUUGUUGGCAAGAAGAUUCUUGGAGAGUCGGGCCAGAGCAGCGCAGCAAAGGCCCUCCUCAACGACAUCGUCAAAAACUACCCACAGGCGCUCAAGGAGAAACCGGAACCCACGAAACAGACACUAGCGGUUUCGCUGAGCGCCCUGGCGUCCCUGAUAGACAGUCUGGGCUCGGCGUCCAACAGCUUCUCGGAAGCUUGCCGUGAUGGCCUUCUGCAGGUUCUACAACACCCGAGUUACACUGUCCAGGUGUACGCAUCAUCGUGUCUAAAGACGUUCCUGUUGGCGUGCCCCCAGCAGCUUCUCCCCUGUCUGUCGGUGUGCAUGAACAGCCUCAGCAGAGAGCUGGGGCUGCUUGGUACGGGAAGGGGCUCGCCCCGUCGUUGCCUCGGCUUCGCCCACGGCCUCGCCGCCGGCCUCAGUGCAAGCCCGCAGCGGCCGCUCUAUGGCUCGGUCGACAUCAAUAGCCGAGUCUUGACCAUGGCCACAAACCUGCUCAAGUCGAGCGGCAGCUCCGAGUUGCGCGUUGCCAGCGUGCAAAUCCAGGUCGCUUGGACCCUCAUCGGAGGGCUCAUGUCGCUUGGACCCAACUUCGUCAAGAUCCAUCUCUCGCAGCUCCUUCUCUUGUGGAAGAAUGCCUUGCCCAAGGUUCUCUCAAAGGACAGCUCCAUACACAGAAACUAUCUUAACGCUUGUUUCCUGACCCAUGUCAGAGAGUGCGCGCUUAGCUCGAUCCUAGCUUUCCUCGAGUUCAACAGCCGUCUCCUCACAGUCGAUGUUUCAAAGCGUAUCGCAACAAUGCUGCAGAGCACGACGGCGUUCCUGAAAACGCUCCCUUCAAAGAAGACAGCAGAGGAUAUUAGCGAAAGACUAACACCGUCCCUGCAAUUGCAGGAUCUGGAGGUCAUGGUGCAGCGGAGGGUGCUUCAGUGCUAUACCAAGUUGGUGAACAUCAGCCCAGCAGCCGGUACUGAGGCCCUCUUGCAAUCCAACCUCCUCACACUGGCCAUUUCUCUCUUCGCAGACCCCGAUAACUACACCCCUACCUCUCUCAGCGCAUCCAUCGCCAACACGGCCGGAACUUUUGAGUCUAUCUGGGAAAUUGGCGACAACUCCGGAUUCGGUGUGACGGGCCUUGUGCGGGGCUUUACCGUCAGGCCACUUCCUGGACAACAUGAGGGCUCUGCCGACCGCACUCCUUCUGGUCGAGAAGGGCCGGAGGAGGCAAUUGAGAGACUUUUGCUCUCUCCCGUUUGCGGCACCCUUGAGCACGAUGCCUCGGUUCUGUACAUUGGCAGCGCCGACGGGCCCAGUCUUCCCGACCCUGCUGCGACUGAGGUGGUCAACAUGGCGAUCCAACUUUUCGCCUUCGUCUUUCCGCUUACGCCUGCUAAGGUCCAAGAGAGUGUCUUGGAGCAAGUAACGACCUUCUUGGCCGCGGGCUCUCUCCAAAGAGACCCCGGCCGCAAGGCUGCCAUCAAUGUCAACGUUGCUAUGGCGCUGCUUUCCAUUCUGCGAGUAGCUGUUAAGGAGACGAAGUCGCCUCCAGGUGACGUGACCAACGCGGCUGUCGAAAAGCUUAUCCAGGACUUGCUUCGAGUUUUCGUGCUGGAUCGGGACCAGUACGUUCGAAGCAUUGCUUAUGAAGCGGUUGCUCGACUCUGCGGCGCCUGCGGGAAUGCCUUCACAAACCAGGAGAUCAAAUACCUUGUCGACACCAUCGUGGUGAAUCGAGAACCUAGCGCCAGAGCCGGCUGUGCAAUGACUCUGGGAACCAUCCAGGCGCAGAUCGGGAGCAUGGCAGCUGGGUACCAUUUGAAGACCGUCCUUAACAUUCUCCUGUCAUUAUGCAACGACCCUCACCCUACUGUACACUACUGGGCGCUGGAAGCAGUUGCAAGGGUUUCUGACGCCUCCGGGCUUGGAUUCGCAAACUACGUCUCGGCCACUCUGGGGAUGCUGGCCAACCUCUACUGUUCCGAGACUCACAAUCCCGAAGUGGCUUUACCUGCGACCAUGAACCUUGAGGUCGAGUCGUCUACGUCUGCGGCCAUCGCUCACUGCGUUGACUCGCUCAUCAACGUCCUCGGCCCCGAUUUACAGGACUCCACGAAGUCGAGAGAGCUCAUCCUUACCCUCGUCGGAUAUUUCCAGCAGGAAGAGGAUUCUGAAGUGCAGAGGGCCAGCCUCCUGUGCUUGGAGCACCUCUCGCUGUACGCUCCGGGAUACAUGAAUUUUGCAGACUACGUCAAGACACUACAACACUACCUCGACUCUGAGCGCACCGCCCUUCGGGAUGUUGCCGUGGAUGGGCUGCAUAAUCUGAUGAAGAGGAACCCGUACGACGUCAUUGAGGCCGCGAACAAGGGGUUUGAGGACCAGCUGUGGUUAGUACUUGACUCGAAUCCGAGCCACGACGGGAUGCGUAACACCCUCCGGAAUUGGAUGCGGCACACGUGCCUUGACAAUACGGCCGCCUGGCUCGCUCGUUUCCAGCAUGUCCUCAAGAUGACGAGACCCAAGGAGGCAGUCAAGGACACCACCAAGCCCAAGAAGUCGAGCACUGGAAUUGAUCUCCAAGAUGAAGAGGUCGCUGGGUUUGCCGUCGCGUCUGCUGGCGCCAAAGACGAAAAGGACACCCCGAGCGGCUCCGACGUCGAACCACUUCGAUGGCAGGUCAUGACUUUUGUUAUGGAGUGUCUGAAUGACAUUUUUGUCCUCGUGGCCAAGGACGUUGCCACGAACGGGGAGUCUGCGGCUCAGGCUGCGCUCCAGAGCAAGAUCGCAGAUGUCGUCCGGAUGGCUUUCUCGGCGUCCACUGCCGGUGUUGUCGAGCAGAGAAUAUGGGGUUUGAAGAUCAUUGGUGCCGUUCUGAAGAUGUUCGGUAAAGCGCCUGACCCAGAUUUCGAGGAAGCUAUGCUGCUCGAGCAGUACCAGGCCCAGAUCAGCUCAGCUCUCACGCCCGCGUUCGCCGCAGACUCUUCCCCUGAGCUUGCCGCCGAGGCGGUCAAUGUCUGUGCGGGUUUCAUCGCGACGGGCAUCGUCAGGGAUGUGGACAGGAUGGGCAGGAUUCUCAAGACUCUUGUGAGCUCGCUCGAAAACUUCCGGAUCGAAGAUGAGAAUGCCGGCAUUGGCGACCUGAAGGGACUGAGCUCGAAUGCCCGAGUCAUGGUCAAGAUGGCCGUGUUUGGUGCCUGGGCUGAGCUUCAAGUUGCGAGCUCCGAGCAAAAGUACCUGCUUGACGUCCUCAAACCCCACAUCGGUACAUUGACUCCUCUCUGGCUUGAGUCUCUUCGGGAAUUUGCACGGUUACGCUUUGAGCCCGACAUUUCAAUGACCUUGGGACCGCCCUCUCUCUCUGGCAGUCUGGACACGGUCUACGCGGCUCUAAACAGAGAGACGCAGCUCAAGUUCUACCAAGAUUCAUGGCUGAAGCUGGUCGAUGCAAUCGCCAGCCUCAUUGGGCAAGAUAGCGACUUCGUCUUUGACGCGCUUGAUGGCAAGGAGGUAUCGGGGCCCAAUACCAACGGCACCUCCAGCGGACCUGGUAUCAACUACCGCGAUGAGCCCGUGGCAUUCUUCUUCGUGCUCUUCGGCAUCGCAUUCGAAGCCCUUGCCACCAAGCCUGGGCAGAGCGAGUCUCUUGCGACUCAGGAGCAAACGCUUGCCAUUCUCAGCGCUCUAAAGAAGAUCUUGCACCCCAGCGUGUCUGGGCAAGCAAUCUACCGCGAGGCCAUCUUCUCCGAGACGAUGGAUCUCCUGGACCGCCUCGUCCUUACUGAGGGCCUUGACGUCCAGGGGGUGAUAGUCGAGAUUGCGAGGGAUCUGUGCUUAGCUCAUCCGGCGGCCAGGAAACAGGAGGAAGCCGAUAAUGGGGAGCUGUCGGAGGAUAUCGAACAGCUUUUCGAGCUUACCCGCAUCAUCGUCCUCGUCCUUUCUGGCCUGCUGCCGAAUCUCAGCGAGGCCCCUCAACCAAGCCGCCAUCACAUGACUGAGGAAGCCAUUCUCCUCAUCAAGACAGCGCUCCACGCCCUGGUGGACGCCGCAGAGGUGUUUCCUGCUAUUAUCAAGACGGAUCUCUACGCGUGCAUCAUCCACAUCUUCGCGACAAUCCUAGCCACCCCUUCCUGCCAAGAGGUGAUUGUGCCCCAAUCACUGCCGACGCUGAAGAGAUUCAUCACAAGCGUGGCCGGCUCCCGAAGGUCACCUGAAGAAGGCAGUUCACAGACGGACAUCCAGCUGCUAGGGUGCCUUCGCCGGUUCCUCUCCAUCUACCUGAACGCCCAAAAGCGCGAGGGCCCCACCUCGCUUGCCUGCGUCAAGAACUGCCUGCUGGCGCUCACAAUCCUGUUUACAGGCGGCAAGAACAACCUGCCGGCCAGCGAACCGCUCGUAGAACGCUUCUUGGAUGAGCUUCUGGACUGCCUGACGGAUUGCAUGACGGCCAAGAUAGCCGCCAACUGCAUCCGCUCCCUCCUCCUGCAGCCCAACCCAACCCUCGCGGAUCAGUCGCUCGCGCGCCACCUCCUGCCGCGGCUCCUCACCUUCGUGACGGACACGAACCCAGAGGACCCGGAAAACGCGCGGGCGCUCGUGGCGCACGCGCUGUGCGGGUACGUGGCCACGCUGUCCAACAACGACGCGCGCGCGCCCGUCGCUAUGGCGCUGGUCCUGCCUGCGCUGCUGGCGCGCGCCAUGAGCGAGGGAGAAGAGGUGUAUCGCGAGACGAGCGGGCGGUUGCUGGAGCUCGCGUCGGCGGACCAGAACGCGUUUAGGGGCGUCGUCGGCGGGAUGAGUGAGGGGCAGAGGGGAUUCUUGGAGGAGGUGAUUAGGAGUGGGAGGCAGCCGGAUGGUAGGGGCAAAGUGGGUGGUGAGGAUGGGGUAAGGGAGCCGAGUAUCGCGCUGAAGAUGGAUUUUGGGGGCGCAUAGUUAGAUGGUUGUGGAC